CGAGGAAGCGGCCCAGGUAGCGCCGCCCCGUACACACGGCGAGCGUGAAACUCGGCCGUCCUGACAGUCUCAGAACGCCGCUACUCGCCCACCUGUAUAGCAGACGACGCCUUCCGAGCGCCUGGGUGUCGUCGUCUGCUCAGAGCGUUCUCUCGGCCUGUGGCGUAGCUUUGUCAUCAAGGCAUCUCCUCGUGGUUUGUGUGGCAAACAACGAACAAAGAAGGGCCUCGUUUCGACUGCGGGGAGGGUGCGCGCAGCGACUUGAAAAGGUGGACUCCGGGUGAAACGUCGUCGACCCGCACGUCAGCGUUGCGCCGCGCACAACGCGGUGAGCGACGCGCGGUGAGUGAUCGGUGAUGGUGCAGAUAAAGGAAAAAAACGGAGACACCUUCGGCGAGAAGGAGUUCGUCGUCAUGAAGGAUAACAUCGAGGAGUUACGCAGGAGGAUCUUCGAAGAGGCCGAGAGGGACCCAGACCAGUUUCACCCUGCGGAUCUACAAAAGAUUGCCGACUGCGACGAACUGUGCCGCCGGUUCAUCCGCCAGAAGAAGCUCAACCUGGAUGGCGCUUUCGAGAUGACGAAGAACGCGCUCAUUUGGCGCAAGAAGUUCGAGGUCAACGACAUCACAGAGGCGACCCUACCUCAGGUCUACUUUGACUUCGGCGCCAUGUUUCCCCUUGGCCAAGACAAGUACGGGAGCCAAUUAAUCUACCACCGGGUGAAGCUGCACCGAAAGGACGAGCGCAACGCAAUACAUCACCGGCGCUUUCUGGUCUUUUGGGUGGAGAAGCUGCUCUACGAGCUCAACCACGUGCGACUCAGCUUCAUCCUGGACCUCGGAGAGUCAGGAUACGGAAACAUGGACAUGGAACUGAUUGGGUUCCUGAUAAGCCUCUUCAAGGAGUACUACCCAUGGGCCCUAGGUUUCAUCAUGGUGUACGACAUGCCCUGGCUAUUCAACACGGCUUGGAAAGUGAUCAAGUCUUGGGUCCCGGCAGAAGGUGUGGAGCGCAUCAAGUUCGUCGACAGGAACACCAUCACAAACUACGUAUCUCCUGAUAAUCUGCCGGAAUACAUGGGCGGCACGGUAAAGCUUCCCUUCCGGGAGUACACAUGGGACGAUGUGGACUUCAUUAUCAACCACGCCAGUCUUGAAGUUCGGCCAGCUGAUGUUGAGCCGUGUCUCAGCCGUGCAUCGCUGAUGCAGGUGAUUCGCGAGCGGAUCCCACGGACGCCAGCCAUCGAAGAGUUCUACCGGAGUCGGUUCGGCAUGUUCACGGUGCGCAGCAGCGCCGACACCGACGACCACGCAGCGCUCAUCAAAGUCGAGCCUGACACCGACCUCGUGUUUGGUGCCGACGAGCCUGACCUCAACAAGCAUGCUGGGAGCUUGGUUCUCACUAACACCUCGGACAGCCAUGUCGCGUUCAAGAUUAAGACAAACAACAUCGAUGGAUACAAGGUAAAGCCAUUCUUUGGGAUCAUUCCUCUGAACAGUACUGUGAGCGUCAAUGUGGCCCAAAAUCCAGGCUCGGAGUUCCACGCAUCGGACAAGCUGCUCAUUAUGACCACGGGCAUCGAGACGCUCGAGAUCAGCCCACGCGAGCUCAUUGACCACUGGAGAUCCGUCGCUAAGGACAACAUCAAAGAACACCGGCUCCGCUGCGUGAACGUGUCGAGCAUGGCCUCCCAGAAGCCGAUGUCCGAACUGAAGGAGGUCACCUCCCGAUCCGGCACCACGGGCCCGCGCCAGCCAGGCCUAGGCAAGGAGAAAUCGUACCAGUCCUUCUGCCCGCCCAGGGCCUCUUCGCCCAAGGCCUCUUCGCCCGGCACCUCCUCCCAGCUCGAGAUGAUCCAAGACGUCGUCGGUGACGUCCAGAGCAAGCUUGGCGAGGUCUACCAGGAAAUGAGUGCGAUCUCUCGGCGUCAGGAUCAGUUCGGGUACUUCAUGCUCGCUACCAUGGUGCUGGUCGGUGUGAACCUCCUCAUGCUGAUCGUGGUCAAGAACUGCCAGUCGGCCACCGAGUGGUACUGCUGAGAAACCCCGCUGUGUUGUAGACGACCUGGCCCUUGUUGACAACGCGAACUAUACACAGGCCCCCCUCCCCGAAGUGGACCAGCCCAGGCGAACGGGCGAACACCGAGGUGCGUGACCUCACCGAAAAGACGGGAGCAAGAAAAAAAAAAAAAAGAAAUGGAGAGAAGGGAGUGUCAACUCAGCUGCGACUGUGCACACCUAGUCGUUGUUUUAUUGCACAUAAAGUAUCGGAGCUGACAAAUUUAUAUUUUUCAGUGUUCGUGUGCAGCUUCAAUAAACAAAUCUUUAUAAAGUUGUUGACUGUUCGCAUAUAAUAUAUGCUGAUGUAUAUGCCUUUGUAUAUGGAGUUUGACCAAUGUUAUAACACCUUUUUUUAUCGCACAGUUAGGUUACUUGUAACAGGAGUUUAUUUGUAGACAUUCUAAUGAGGAUGAUUGUCCGGAAAGGCAUUCGCUGAGUUCUGCUGCUAAUGCCCGAAACUCGUAGUCCUCAUGUUUUUCAUUUGUCACUGCAGUGUUGCAAUAUUAAAGAAAGUUUUAUGAA